UUUUGUUUUGAUUGGGAAAGCCUUUGAAAGUCCUCAUGUCUAACAAGCCUUACAAUAUUUUGGCUGAACGACUAGAGUCCACUGAUAAAGACUUUCGGUAUAUGGCAGCUUCGGACUUGCUCAAUGAACUCCAAAAGGGUCCUAUACAGUUAGACCCCCUCUUGGAAAGCAAGUUAUGUACAGCAUUGUUGAAAGCUUUGCAGGACACUUCUUCUGACGUGCAGAGCAUUGCUUUAAAAGCUUUGCCCUUGUUGCUAGCACAAAGUGAACUCCACCUAUUGGAGACCGUGAUAGAAAUACUGAUUGCAAAUCUGCUGCAUAUUUCGGAAGACUCAAAAAGUAACCAUCAAAGAAAUACUGUUGUGGCAGCCGCAAAGAAUGUUUCGAGAGAUAACUGUUUGAUUACUCUCAAGUCACUUUUGAACCGUAUCGACCCAACCUCCACAGGAGACACUAUAAUAGGACAAAGAGUUGUUCCUAAACUUUUGUCUAGUGCACGGAAUAAUUCUUCUCUUGAGGUCAAGUUAGACUGCCUGGAUAUGUUGUGUGACGUUACUACAAAGUUUUCAUUCACUAUCGUUCGAGUGGCAGAUGAAUUUAUGGAAAGUUUGUCUGGGCUAGUGAGUUCAUCGCAUAAUAUGGUUAGAAAGAGAGCUGUUCAUUGUUUGGCUUUAUUUCUUUCACGAGCACCCUACAGUUAUUUGCAGUCUUUCAUGGAUUCUUUGUUAUUCGAGUUUCGUCAAAAUUUGCAAGCGAAACAAGUCAACAAACAAGUGGUUGACACUGUUCGUAAUUCUCUCAGUACCAUUCAAGCUCUCUUUAAGGUUACAGGGUCUCAUGUUUUGUAUCCUUAUAUCGGUACAAUUGCAGAGUUGUUAUUGAAACUUUUGGACAGUCCAUCUUGGAUAGAAGAUGAAGACUUGUAUGAAUCUGUACUGCAAAUAUUCGAGCUGUUUCUUCAAACUGUUCCUAUUCAAUUGGAGACAAUUCAAUCUCAGUUAGCAACUGUAUUAGAGGCAGCUUUAAGAUAUGAUCCCAAUUUAGUGGAACAAGAUACAGAGUUUGAUGAAGAGUCGGGAUCAGAAUUGGAAGAAGAUGAUGACUUUACAGAUGACGAAGACUUGAGUUGCAAAGUCCGACGUGUUGCAGCACGUUGUAUUCAUGCAAUAUUUUUAGCAAGAAAUUUUCACAAGUUAUCGUUUCCUUUGGCCCAAUUGGCUGAUUGCAUGAUUCAGCGUUUACAAGAGAGAGACGAGCAGGUUAUGUUGGAAUUAUUGAACGGUCUCACUGACUUGUUUAAGACUAUUAUUCCAUGCUUGCCAUCAAGUGAAGAGUUGAAUUUGGAAAGUUCCAUCUAUCACCAAGUAAUAUUGGUCUUGAAGGAAAGAAGUUCAUUUAUUAUUUUGAAACUUCAAUUAGUAUACAAAUCUCGUUCGAUACCACUAAAAAAUGCUGUCCUAGUGUUCAUGAAGGAAUUCAUUGCUAUUGCUGCAGUUUGGCUCAGUGAACAGGAUUUGAUGAAUAUUUCCCAGUCUUAUGUAGAGCCUUGUUUUCUAAAAGAAAACAAUGCUUCUGUUCAGUCUGAUGGAAUCGCCUUGUUGGAACGCUGUGCUCCCUUGUUAUGUAGACACAAGUGUCCUCAACAUUUAGCAGUAUUUUUGAAUCAUUUGGUAGAUAUUGGAGCUCAAGGUUAUUAUCGCAUUACUGCACAGUCCCUCCAUGCUUGCAAGAGUAUCUUUACUGUAUUGACUCAAGAUGAUCUCGCUAUUGCAAGUAUUAGUGACGCAUUGUUGAAAGCACAUGAUUUUGCAAUGUAUCGAUUGGAAGCUUCUGAUCAAGAUACUGAAGUGAAGGAGGCAGCAAUUGAAUGUCUAUCUACUCUUUGUGCCUCUUUCCCUGAAUUGGUUUCUUUGAAAAGGGACAAGUCGCUUCGUCUAAUGUUGGAUAAACUUCAUGAUGAUUUUGUCAGAACAACUGCAAUACGUUCAUUUUCCAAUAUAUUACAAAGUCCAUUGGGAACAAAAAUAGAUGAACAAGUUCUAAUGGAGUUUUGGAAGCGAGUAAUUUCUCUUCUUAGGAAGAAAGACGAUAAGCUUCGGGAGUCAUGUCUAGAGUCCAUAAAUUGCUCGGUUACGUUGGUUCCUUCACAACUAGACUCAUCACUCGUCAGUGAGCUUACAAGUUUGAUUCAUCGUUCGGAAUGGAGGAGAACAGCGAUCGUGUUUCAGAUUUUCUCGAAGCUUAUUGCCUGGAGAGAUGAAAAUUUCGUAUUGCUGUUUAAAGAGGAAACUUAUCCAGCUAUUAUGAAUGUAUUAGUUUCAUCACCUUUGCAAGGGAAACUGAAAGGUUCCAUUUCAGAAUUAUUUCGGACCAUUAUUUACCGUCGCUCUUCUUAUUUCCCAGUAGCGAAUAUAUUCCACGAUAUAUUGGCUUUGGUGAAGAAAGAUCCCAAAAUGCAUUCCUCCGUUAUGAAGAAUCUUUCUUCUUUAGUGGCCAUUUUUUGGAGUGCGAAUAUAGACAUGACCUUUGUGUGUCAAACAUUGUUGGAGAUACUCCAAAGUCCCCUAGACGAUAAUAGUAAAUCAUCGAAGCUAUUUGUGUUAUUUACACUGAAUGAGUUGGGAUAUAUGGAUUCUGUAACUGAGCUUGCUUUAUCAGAUAAAAUGGAAGGCACUAUAUAUGAAAUGAUUCGUUGUGAAGACGAAGAGAUCGUUGGUUCAGCUGCUGCUGCUUUGGGUAGUCUGAUACGUUUUGUUGAUAGUCGUCAAGGCAUUUCCAAGUUGGUUUCGUAUGUCAACGGCACAGAAACAAGAGGACGUUACGUUUAUUUACUUGCUGUGAAAGAAGCAAUACUUUGCCAGAUACAUCUCUCCUCCAUGUCACUAUUGAAUGACAUAGAUGCCAUGACACAAUCGUUGAUUGCUUGUGUACAAGAUGCAGAUAAUGCAUUGCAACCCAUGGAAACGAGUAAUACUGAAGAAAAGAAAUCAAUUGAACCAUACGCAUUAUCUUCAUCUAGCAAAGAGAGUAUACGCAGUAUAUCUUCUGAAUGUUUGGGCACUUUGCUAGCAGUGUCUCCUCUUCGUCUUUUUGCAAUAAUACAGCAAUCAUUGACCAGUUCCAAUGUACAAGUGAGAUGGACUUCAUUAUUGGCAGUAAAAGCAGCUUUCAAUUACUUGGCGAGGACGGACUCAUCCCUUGACUUGUUUAUACAACAUUUACAUCCGUACUUGCCUUAUUUAUUGGAUUUAUUGCAGGAUCCAAAUGCAGAUGUGGAUACUGCAGCCAUAUCUUUUAUCAUUACUUGUGCUAGAUUGUGUCCUAUGCUGUUGAAGGAAAAAGUAUCCAAUAUAUUGAAUGUUCUAUUACUUCAUACAGAACCAAGGCCAGACCUCAUUAAAACUGUAGAUCUUGGUCCAUUUAAACAUUCAAUUGAUGAAGGUAUUCAGUUGAGAAAGACUGCAUUUGAAGCACUACUUGCAUUGUUGCCAUCGUAUUUGGAGAGUUUUCAAAAUCCACCUAUUCCAGAAAGAUUGGUAAACGCUGUAAUCAAAGGUCUCAAAGAUCAUCCAGAUGUAAGGGGAAUAGUAGAAAAACUACUGAUAUACCUGCUAAGCAAUUAUGAUGCCUUUCAUAUCCUGAAAGAUGAUUCGAAAAUAUCUAGUCUUGUAGCCGUUUUAUCAGACAUCGUUUCAAGUAAACCUAAAGAAAAUGCAGUUGCGCAAGAGAUUGAGAAACACAAGGUAAGCAAUAAUGGAUAGCACGAAACUUUGGUUUUGAGUGUGAUGU